CUUCCUGCAGGCGGGCGGGCGAGCGGCGGCAGGGUCGGAGCUUUUGUGCGGGAGCAGCGGGGUGCGGGUCCCCGGGCGUGCAGCGAGGAGAGGCGACGGCGGCUGCAGGGCGGAUACCGACAGGGGAGCCCCUUUCUCUGCCUCCACUGCCGGGGAAGGAUUGAGGUGCUGCCGCCGCCGCUCAGCCGCCUCCAGUCAUCAGGUCUGUUUUCUGUUUACAAGCCUGAAGAUGGCUGCUGCUUCUUCCUGCAGUGUUGAAGAAGACGAGAGCCUGAAGGGAUGUGAACUCUAUGUUCAGAAGCAUAACAUCCAACAGAUUUUAAAAGAGUGUAUUGUAAACCUUUGCAUAGCAAAGCCAGACCGACCCAUGAAGUUCCUCAGAGAACACUUUGAAAAAUUAGAAAAGGAAGAAUGCAAACAAAUACUGGCUCGUCAGAAAUCCAGUUCCCAGUCUGAUUCUCAUGAUGAUGAGAUUUCCCCUCCUCCUCCAAACCCAGUGGUAAAGGCCCGACGCAGGAGAGGAGGAGUCAGUGCAGAGGUGUACACUGAGGAAGAUGCUGUUUCUUAUGUCAGAAAGGUUAUUCCAAAGGACUAUAAAACUAUGACUGCUCUGGCGAAGGCCAUUUCCAAGAACGUGCUCUUUGCUCAUCUUGAUGACAAUGAACGAAGUGACAUAUUUGAUGCCAUGUUCCCCGUCACACACAUCGCAGGAGAAACAGUCAUACAACAGGGUGAUGAAGGAGACAACUUCUAUGUGAUUGACCAAGGCGAGGUGGAUGUUUAUGUCAACGGAGAGUGGGUCACCAGCAUCGGAGAAGGAGGCAGCUUCGGGGAACUGGCAUUGAUCUAUGGAACACCCCGGGCUGCCACCGUCAAGGCCAAAACAGAUCUCAAGCUCUGGGGCAUCGACAGAGACAGCUACAGACGCAUUUUAAUGGGCAGCACACUGAGAAAGCGGAAGAUGUAUGAAGAAUUCCUGAGCAAGGUCUCCAUUUUGGAGUCCCUGGACAAAUGGGAGCGGCUGACAGUGGCUGAUGCUCUGGAACCUGUCCAGUUUGAAGAUGGGGAAAAAAUUGUUGUGCAAGGAGAGCCCGGUGAUGACUUCUUCAUUAUUACAGAGGGCACAGCUUCUGUUCUGCAGCGCAGGUCUGACAACGAGGAGUAUGUGGAAGUGGGAAGACUUGGUCCAUCAGAUUAUUUUGGUGAGAUAGCGUUACUGCUCAAUCGGCCCCGGGCUGCUACCGUGGUGGCACGUGGACCCCUGAAGUGUGUAAAGCUGGACCGGCCCCGCUUCGAACGAGUGCUCGGGCCUUGCUCCGAAAUCCUCAAGAGAAACAUUCAGAGAUACAACAGUUUCAUUUCUCUCACCGUCUAAAUGAUUCCUUCUGGAAAGCUGCCUCUGUGUGACCUUGUGCACUGCAGUUUGCUCUGUGCAGCUCCAUAGCUUUAUGAGGAAAAAGAUUAAAAGUGUGCAUUUUACGCGUAUUUUUUCUGUUCAUGUCACGUAGUGGAUGUCAGUUCAAAUCUCAUGUAUCAUGUAAGUAGGAAGACAACUGUUUGGAUAAGACUAGCUUUGGAAGAUUAGGCUCUUGGCUUGCAGGCAAGAUUUUUACCUGUUGUUGUAUCAUGUAGCUUGAAACUGUGUUUUUAACUAUUUAAAAUACGUAUGAAUUUCUAUUUCCUUCAUUAUCUUUAAA